CUCGAUGGGCAGUAUGGACAGUAUUGUUAAGGCCGCCGGCUUCCUCUCCCCCUCUUCUUCGUGUCCGCGUCGAGCGGGUUGACCUCAGCUACUGAACGCCACCGACGCCUUCGCAACCAUGAGAGUCAGUGGUGAGCUCUAUGCCCGCCUGGCUAUUCCUUCCAACGGCACCGUAAGACCUGAGGACGUCAUCCAGACCGAGAUUGUGCCUCUCGUCGACCGGGCAGUCCCGAUCAUUGUGGUCAACGUGCUGUUGACGGUGGUUACGACGCUAUGGACCGGAAUGCGUCUCUACAGCCGGCGGAAAAAGGGGCAGGCAUUUACGGUUGAAGACUUUUUGACUGUUGUUGCGUUGAUCGCCUUCUACGGCUUGGUCGCAUGCAACUUCGUCAUGGUCUACUUGGGCGGAACCGGGCAUCACUACCUAACCCUCCAGCCCUUUCACGUGGAACGCAUGUCAAAGGCCGCCUACGGUGUCCAGACCCUCUUCGCCAUUUGUCUCGGCUUCAUCAAGAUCGGCAUCACCCUCAUGCUCCAGCGCAUCUUCUUCGUGCGCACCUUCAAGAUCGCGGCGUGGAUAACAACGGGACUCUGCGUCUGCUGGAUGUUCUUCACAAUCCUCAUCGGCAUUUUCAUCUGCCAGCCCGUGGCCAUGAACUGGGACCCGACAACCCCCGGCGGCACGUGUGGCAACCAAAACGCCGCUUUCGCGGCAGUGGGCUACUUCGAUCUCGUCACGGACCUCAUCAUCCUCGUACUACCGAUCCCAAUGGUAUACAAGCUACAGCUGCGAUGGCCGCACAAGAUAGCUCUGUACGUUAUCUUCGGGGCUGGUGCACUAACCAUGAUCUUCGGCGCCCUCCGUCUCAAGAACGUCCUGACCAUGGAUUUCACCGACGUGACCUAUUCCCAGGUUGGCGUCGUGCUGAUGGGGACCCUCGAGCCCGGCGUCGCCAUCAUCGUCUCAAGCAGCCCGCUGCUGAAACCAAUCUUCGACGCCACUGUCGGCCGCUUCUGGUCCCUUCGCGGCGCGACGACCAAAUCGGCCACGGGCGGAGGCACUGCGAAGCCCACGACGCUCCAGACCAUUGGGGGUUCCGGGCUUCUCGGUUCGAAGCUCUCCCGGGUGACGGGCGGCGGCGGCGGCGGCGGCGGCGGCGGAAAGUUCAGCCAGAUGCACUCGACGCACAGUGACGAUGAGGACCUUGAGCUCGACAGGCUGCGGGAGAAGAGGCACGACGUCGCUGUCGUCGCGGCCCAGGGGAGUCGGUCGGAGGAGAGCGUGGUCAGGGACUUCAAGGCUAGGGGGGAAGACUCGUCGGGUUCGGACGUUGGGAUUUUAGUAAUGAACAAGACGAGUGUUGUCAGUGAGGAGAGGGGGAAAGCAUUGUAGCUCUUGGAAUAAUUAAAAUAGCGACAGGUGAAGCCUGUAACGCAUAUGAGCUAGUGAUGGAUUCGAACAACUUGUGGUGACAAGUAGUUGAACCUUGCGGUGCUUAAUCAAGUCUACACGAUGUCAUAGGCAGCCCACCGCUUCCAGGGCUUUAGUCUCUCCCUAUCAGUAUCUAUUAGUCUU